GUAGCCAUUUUGGCUCAAGCUGCGGCCUGGCCCCCCCCGCGUGUCGCGGGCGCGGGCGUGCGAUGACGCGGGCGGCCAUGGCUGGCCGUAAGAUCGUGGUGAGGCACGGGUCGACGGUGACGCACCUCGGCUCCGUGGAGGAAGCGGCGCAGUUCGUCCGCCUGCUCGAGGCGGAGGGGCGCGUGCCUGGGAGUGAGCUGGACACGCUCAACAACUUCGAGGCGGUGCUGCGCGGCGCGGGCUCCCACCUGGCGCUGGGGCGCAAGGCGACGACGGAGGAGGUGAGGCGCACGCUGGUCUCGGUCGGUGAGCUGGACCUGGCCAAGCGCUGGGUGACGUUCCGGGCGGGACGGCGCCUCACCGCACACCCUGAUCCCGAGCUGGCGGACGAGGUGCUGCUGGCGCUUGAGAAGGGCGGGGUGACCAGCUACGAGGCGCAGCUGGAGGAUAACCUGAAGGAGAUCGAGGAGGAGAAGGGCCUGAUGUACGUGGAGGAGAUGGCCCAGGGGAUGACUCGGUCCGCGAAGGGCACCCUGCAGCAGCCUCCGGUGAAGUACAAGGGGGAGCCGAAGAAGAAGGACCUCAAGUGCAGCCCUGACGACAAGGCCACCUGCGGCAUGGUGAUGGUGUCGGCCAGGUGCGACGGGGACGUGACGAUCCAGGAGAACUCUCGGCUCUACAAGGGGGAGUCCGCGAACAACGCCGAGAAGAUUGAAGUCGCGACGGAUCGGGAGCAGGACAUACUCUCGCUCAAGGCGGACUGUGAUGCCAAGGAGCAGACUCAGGCCGUGCAGGUCGGGCAGCUUCAGGAGACCGUCCAGUCGCUGACGUUCCAGCGCGACACGCUCAGGGAUCGCUUGCAUGAAGUGGCGACGGAGCUCGAGGCGCUGAAGAACCUCGUCUCGAAGAAGGAGCAGGACAUGUCCAUGGAUGGCUCCACGGGGGACGACCUCAAGGAGAAGGAGAGGGCCGACUUCGAGAGCAACUUUGUGAGCCUCUCGGGUGAGAAGGAGCUGAAGGAAGUGAAUACGGGGGGCACCAGCGGCAAGGAGUACGCCAUGGCCGAGUGCGCCAGGAAGAACGCCGUCUUGUACCAGGCAAGCCUGAGCGUUGAGUCUGCCAAGGCCGCCCUGGCCCGUGCGGAGGCCGAGUGUGACGACGCCGCUGCUGAGAUGACCGAUGCGUACUUGGCUCUGGGCGAGUCCGAGCAGCGUGAGGUCAUCGUGAAGCUCGGCCUCCCCGACUCCUUCAGCACCUUCCCCGUCAAGACGGCCGAGUUUUGAGUGCCGCGGAGGCUCGUGCCCUCCUGCGGCACUUCGGUCGGUACUGUCGCGGAGGCUCGUGUUCCUCCUGCGGCGGUGCUGCCUGGCGGGCGGAGGCUCGUGUUCCUCCGCCGCCUGGCCCUUUCGCGCGGAGGCUCGUGUUCCUCCUGCGGCGCCCUGGGUUCGCGGAGGCUCGUGCUCCUCCUGCGACCCAGGGGCUGCUGAAAAGGUGGAUCGGCCGCGUGCGCGGCGUUCAGCAGAGUCCAGCAGAGUCCUCCUCCUCCUCCUCCUCCUCCUCCUCCUCCUCCUCCUC